CAACAAAACAAAAGAAAAAAACUUUAAUGAGCUGGGAGUAUUGUUGUCAGGGACCAAAUGAUGACAAGAAUGUGCUUUUACUCUGGCAAUUUAGUUAUUAGGAAUUAUGCAAUUCUGGCCUAGGUCUGCCGCACCUCCUUCUGGAAGCGUAUAAAAUAUCUGUGCUGAUAGUGCUAUGUACAUUCACACAAACUAAACCCUGACAUCCAUCUACAUUUGUGAACCUUGACACAAUGAGCUACUGCGGCGGCUAUUACGGAGGUCUGGGCUAUGGCUAUGGCUCUGGUUAUGGCUGUGGAUAUGGCAGCUAUCGUGGACUAGGCUGUGGUUUUGGCAGCUGUGGCUAUGGAAGCCUAGGCUAUGGUAGCUGUGGCUAUGGAGGUCUGGGCUAUGGUGGCUAUGGCUAUGGAGGCUAUGGCUAUGGCUGCUGCCGUCCAUCUUGCUGUGGAAGAUAUUCUUUCUGUGGUUUCUAUUGAAAAAAUAUCUUCCCCUGCAGUGUCAUGGAAUCUUUGUCCAACCCAGCUUUGGGUAAUUCCAUGAUUUUCUAAAGACAGCGCAUUCCAUCUGUCUCUACAUCUGGGUGACUUAGAAGAGAUACCAUAAGAGUGUCUUGGAACCCUUAUGGAGCACUCAGGGCAGUGAAGUGGCAGGAAACCAUCCUUCUAGAAUUGUUUCAGGAUUUCACCUGUCAUCAGGGAGACUUCCCCAACAGCUCAUUUUCAGAUUCUCAGCUUCAUGGCUGAGAUAUGUCUUGUGAUUUUCUAAUAAACUUGCUUCACUGGCUUAGAAAAACUGUUUUCAGUUCUCCUCCUUGAUUUCUCUGUACUUGAGUUUAAGUCUCUCAUCAUGCCUAGAUUUUUAACCUUGAUAUAUUUAUCUGUGCCAUUGCAGAAU